UUUUUAUCUUCUUACGCGAUGGAGAAGCUAUGUACCAGCUCUCCCCUACAUACGCGCCCAAGCACAGCCCUUAUCUUCAAAGGCCUCUCACUCCUUCCAAAGUCUCCGCUAUUUAACAAUCACUGUCCCUCCGAAACUUUGUAAUUUAGGGUUUUAUACUACGUCUUCAACCUUUCUCUCGCCUGCUGGUAAUUUUGUGGUCAAUUUUGGUUUGAGAUCAAUUUUCAUCUAAGAAAUAUCAAAUUUUGUUGCCAGUCCUUCGUAAUUUUUCGGCGAUUGAGUGUAGCGGUUAAUAAUUUUUUUCUGAUUAGUUUAGUUCAUAUGCAUUAAUUUAGUUGUAUUUUGCUAUUUGUGUCAGUGCCCAGUUUGGAUGAUUUGAUCUUUGUUUCUUCAUCAUAUGAUAUAUUUUGUUCGUAUUUGAUUUUGGUAUUGAAAAGUUUAUUGAUUUUGUUUAAUUUUCUAAAGAAAGAUGACUCCUGAUUCGUUUUUCUAGUGGAAGCCCUUUAUGCAUUUUGAUUUCUGACCAUGGUUGUGGCUACCCAUGCUUUUAAUAUUCUCUCUUGUUUACACUCACUAUCCCCAUCAACCAGUGAUAAUAGAAGGUUCAGUUGCCAUGAGUCUUGGGGGAACUCAUUCUUACUUCAUGGAAAGUCAAAUUUUUUCUCCUGUAAACUCAAUUUUGUCCCAGCAUUAGCUGUUAUGAACAAUGUAGAAGAUAGAGAGGUGACGGAAAUAGAGAAAGAUAAACCAAGGUAUAGGUGGCUUGAGGUCGGUCCUAGUAUUACAGAAGCCCAAAAGCAGACCAUAUCUCAACUCCCACCAAAUAUGACCAAGCGAUGCCAGGCAUUCAUGAAACAGAUAAUUUGUUAUGAUCCUUGGAAAGGCACUUUUCUGGAUUUGUUAGCUGUGUGGGUGAGAUAUAUGAAGCCUAGAAGAGCUGAUUGGCUUGUGGUUCUUAAGGAAUUAAAUAGGUUGGAGCAUCCUCGUUAUUUUGAGGUGGCAGAAUGGGCCCUCCAAGAAGAAUCUUUUGAAGCUAAUAUUCGUGACUAUACCAAGUUAAUCCAUGGAUAUGGGAAGCAAGGUCGAGUUCAGGAUGCUGAAAGUGUUCUGUUAACCAUGAAGAGGAGAGGCUUCAUUUGUGACCAGGUGACACUAACUGCCAUGAUUGACAUAUACAGCAAGGCUGGCAAUCUUAAGCUAGCAGAAGAAACUUUUGAAGAGAUGAAGCUCGUUGGCCAACCAUUUGAUAAAAGAUGUUAUGGCUCAAUGAUCAUGGCCUACAUCAGAGCUAGAAUGCCAGAGCAAGGGGAGGUUUUACUCCGAGAAAUGGAUGCCCAACAAAUUUAUGCAGGAAGUGAAGUGUACAAGGCAUUGUUGAGAGCAUAUUCCUUGAUUGGCAAUGCUGAAGGUGCCCAAAGGGUCUUUGAUGCUAUUCAGUUUGCGAGUAUUCCUCCUGAUGUUAAGCUGUGUGGGCUUCUUAUAAAUGCCUAUCAAAUGGCGGGUCAAAGUCAAAAGGCAUAUGCUGCAUUUCAAAAUAUGAGGAGGGCAGGCCUAGAACCUAAUGAUAAAUGCUUAGCUUUAGUAUUGAGUGCUUAUGAAAAGGAGAACAAUCUUGGCAGGGCCUUGGACUUUCUAAUGGAUUUGGAGAGCAGUAGAAUUAUUGUAGGAAAAGAAUCUUCACAAGUGCUGGCUAGAUGGUUUGGCAGACUCGGAGUGGUGAAGGAGGUAGAGUUUGUUUUGAGAGACUAUGCCAUGGGGAAAAAUUUUUGUUGAGCUCCUGAUUCUCGUUGCCAUCUGCUUACUUUGUCUCGUUGCCUCACGGUAAUCACAACCCAUGAUACAUCUGUUGUCACUCGUAACGGCCAAGAUUUCUGGAGGUAAAUCUAUCCCUUACCUGUCAUAGUAUUUAUGAGCCUCGACGUUUGUAGAUAGCGGGAUCCAUUCUGUCAUACACCUGUAAAAGGUGUUCCUUUGUGCUGGAAACUCGUGUGAGAAUGGUGCCAUGUUGCUGCUUAUGAAACAUGCAAAGGCCAUUGGAGUCGGAUUGGUCACUAUAUUCUGUUGAGUCUCACUUCCCAGAUUCAGAGGGGCUUCCGUAUUAGCCUUGUGAUGGAAUUGUGAACAGGCACUUGUAUGCUAGAUUGAGUUGAAUCCAGUUGGACUUUGUUUCUGAAGGCCAGUCAUAUGUAAUACGACGUAUCUGUGCUAAUAAAAUCAUUGAAUUAUUUGUA